AUGGUUGAAUGUUCUUGGAAAGCUAAUCGUUUAUAUUCUUCUAAAGCUGCAAUCGGACUUAUUAGAAACGUAGGGUUAAAGGUUAAUAUAUGGAGCGUUUUCCAUGAAUUUAGUUACGAUUCCAAUAGUGCCGUUGCAGAUACCAUCGUCAAAAAGUUUGUUGUUUAA